ACCAGUCAAAUCAGAAUAACGAAUGGUAAUGAUUUAUCCCUUUCUAUUCUAACACCGACUGAUUGCCAUCCCUAAUAGAUCAAAUUAUUUCGUGUAUUGGAUUUCACUUGAUUGUCUAAGGCUACAACUAUUUCACUGGCCAGCUAGUUUGCCAGCACCCCAAGCAGACCAGAGUGGCUUAGCUUGUCGCUGAAGUGGCAAGGAUUGAGGGUUUGUAAAUUGUACGUAGAAGACUUUAUCAGAAUUUUGGGCAAAGAAGUGGUGGAAAGGGACAGCAGCUGCACGUGGCGAAGAGAGAUUACUUGGUGCAGUGACCAUAAAAAUGGUGCACCGGAUUUGACCCACGUAAUUAAGUUAGAAUUCCAAAUUAUCCAGAUCGACCCGUCAUUUUAGUUAUCCGGUUUGGAUGAAUACGGCAUUGGUUAAAGUAUUUGUAUUGCUCCGUACGUACAAUACUCUUCAUAAUACGUUGAAUGUACGCCUGAAUGAUUCUCAGUACGUAGUUACUAUUUAGGUCAAAUCUCUACAUCCUCAAAAUUAAUGUUUUGACAUGCAUGUUGGUCCGCAAUAAUCAUGAUUCCAACCCAAAGCCAAAGUAGUCCUUAAAUAGAAACACAAAGUAUUUUUUUUUUCAUUAAAUUGAUUUCCGAAUUUGGUUUAAAAAAAUCGGUGUUUAUAGAGUUCAUUCAUUAGAUUGAUAUUAGAGUACAAUAUCAUACUCAAAACCCAAUUUGAUUCAUAGUCUGUAUAUAUAGAUUUCUCGCUUAGAGUAUAACUGAUUCAUAAAUAUAUGUGGUUCUACGAUAUCCAUGGUAAAUUUUAACGUACCGCAUACUUCUUAAUUAACAAGGAAGUACGCCGUGUGUAUAUAAACAUUAAAUUAACUAAAGUUCGAGGCAUUGUAUAUACCAUUAAUACUAAUGAUUAUAAAAUAAAAUAUAGAGAUUAUUUUUUUUAGACCUGCUCAUGGUGAAGUAAUUAAGUAUACUAGGGUUGAACAACUUGUACCGUAUAAACCGUCUAUAAUUCAGGACAUGGUACUGUACGCUAAGUCGAUCCAGAAAGACCGGCAAUGCAAUAUGGUAGCCACUUCUCACAUAGCAAACUCCUUUUUUAUGUAUUCACCCAAGUGAGUAAUGAAAAAGGUAGGGAAAAAAGAAUGUGAAUAUUCCAUAUAAAUAAAGGAGGAUCUUUCUUCAUAAAGCUAUGGUCCAGGAAGUGUUGUAUCAAAGGAGCUAUAGCUCCUUAAUUAAAUGUUAAAAUUUUGGAGGACAAUGGAUGUAGCCAACCGCCCGUCGAGAAGGAGUGUUACAUCUCUACACUCAUUUAAUUUCCCAAACCACACACCUUCUACCACAAGACCCAAAGUAGGUGAGAGCUUCACAAGUACACAUAUGACAUGUUUUCUCCUCUACAUAUACUCUCUCUCUCUCUCUCUCUCUCUCUCUCUCUCUCAAAAAACCUCGGAGAGCUCCCCAUGUAACUGGUUAGUUUUCUUGUGGGUUUUCGUUUGUUGACUUGAGAUGAUGAACGAUCUGCAGCAGCAGCAGCAGAAGGAACGGAAAGGUAAGGAUCAGGAGAUGUUGAUGAUGGUGGAAGGUAGUGAUGUCACGAAUAGGAACGAUAACAACAACAAAAGCAGCAGCAGCAGCAGCAACGUGAAGGUUGGUAACGGUAGUAAGAAAGACGGCGGCGGGGAGAAGCUGCCGCCGGGGUUCCGGUUUCAUCCCACCGACGAGGAGCUGAUCACGUACUAUCUGGUGAAGAAGAUCGCGGAUGCUGGUUUCACCGGACGUGCCGUCGCCGACGUCGAUCUCAACAAGUCCGAGCCCUGGGAUCUUCCUGGGAAGGCGAAGAUGGGGGAGAAAGAGUGGUACUUCUUCAGCCAGCGUGACCGGAAGUACCCGACCGGAGUGAGGACCAACAGGGCGACCAACACCGGAUACUGGAAGACGACCGGGAAAGACAAGGAGAUAUACAACGGCGUCACGUCGGAGCUGGUCGGGAUGAAGAAGACGCUGGUUUUCUACAGAGGGAGAGCGCCACGUGGCGAGAAAUCCAACUGGGUCAUGCAUGAAUACCGCAUCCACUCCAAGUCCUCCUACCGCCCUUCCAAGCAAGACGAGUGGGUAAUAUGCAGAGUCUUCCAAAAGACCACCGGCAGCUCGCCCAAGCACAACAACAGCAACAAGUACCCAUCCAGCUCCUUGACCAUUAACCACCACCAUCAAUCAAGACCUCCGAUGACGUCGUCGCUCAACAAUCCCUACACUUCCCUUCACGAAAUGAUCGCCGGAGUAGGACCCACCAACGCCGCCGCCGCCUUCCUCCCUCCUCCUCCGACGAUGAUCAACCACCAGUUUCCUCCUCACCAUGACGACUACCACCACUUCGGCCAACGACCAACCUACAACAACACGAUGACCAACUCCGAGCUGGCCGACCUCGCCAGAGCUUUCCGAGCAAGCACUGCCACUCAUCAGCAAAUGAUGAUGAACAACAACGGCUACCAGUCCACGUCAGCUGGUGGAGGUUGCUUCACCUUGUCCGGGCUCAGCUUGAACCUAGGAGCGACGAACAAUAACAAUAAUGUUGGUCUUACUGCAGCAGUACUUCCUCCAACGGUGCCGUUUUCGAACCAGCAGCUUGUAGAGCAGCAAGAAGAGAACGUGGGAGCUUCUUCUAGUAUCAUGAUGAGUCCUCCGUUCCCCGGUUUGACCGACGAGGGGAGCGGCUACGGUGGCGGUGGUAACGCCGAGCAAAGCAUGGAUUUCGACGCCUACUGCUGGGCCUCUUACUGAUCGCUGACUAAUCAUAAUUAGGGAGAAACAAUUUCUAGAUGAUGCGAUCGAUUGUGUUAUUAUUAUAAUUGUUGUGGAUGAGUUGAUCUUAAUUAUGUACGUAGCUUAAUGCUUGUAGAGUAUUGGAUGGAUGUUUGUACUUUCAUACAUUAGAUCUCCACGAUGAUAUAUGUUUCAAGUUUGGUUAGGGUUUUCAAAUUCCUACUUAAUUGAUCAUUCGUAUGCUCUUGAGCUUCAUUCUGCUAAUGAGUAUGGUGGCGGGUAGGGUUGCAAAUGAGCCAAGCUACUCGCGAGUAACUCGAGGCUCGAAUUGGGAAAAACUCGUUCGAAACUCGAUUCGUUUACUGACGAGCCAAGCUUGAGCCUAGCUUUGUUCAGCUCGUGAAGCUCUCGAGCUAGCUCGACUCGGUGGCUUGUUGAGCUCAACUCGUUAGUGGCUCAUUUAGAGCUCGUGAUAUGUUUCAACAUUGUGGUUUGAGGGCCAACUUGAUCGCUGACUUAUGGACUAAUCAAUCUAAUUUGGACUU